AUGGAUCUGAUGAUGGACUGCGAGUUCGAAGACCACCUGCCGUCGAUGAUGAAGCGGCUGGGCGCGGAAGGGUUCAUGGAGGAGCUGUGCAAAGGGUUCCGCCUGCUGAUGGAGGACGAGCAAGGUGUCAUCACCUGCGACAGCUUGAAGCGGAACAGCGUCCUGCUGCUGGGCCUGGACCAGGAGAUGGGGGACGACGAGAUCGUCUCCAUGAUGGUGGAGGGAGAUCUGGACGGCGAUGGCGCCAUCAAUCAGAUGGAGUUUUGCAUCCUCAUGUUCCGCCUUAGCCCUGCGCUCGUCGACGGGUCAAAGCAGGUGCUCUGUUCGAAUCGCGGCGGCCACUGCUGCUCUGCUUCUCCUGCUAAUUACUACACCUGA